AUGAUCAUAUUAUCUCAACUGUCCUUGCCAAUCAACCAUUGUGAGCUAAUUCUUCUUCAUGUUGUUCCUGUUGGAGAUGAGCCGAAGGUUUUUGACCGACCCAAAAAAGAUCUUUCUCCUUUGCUUUCAACUGAAGUACGAGUUGCUCAAGCUGGCCGCAAUCUCUAUUUCAAAUUAGCAGCUCUUGUACAGCAACAUUAUGAUUUGUCUUCAACAACUGUCACUGGAAUUCCAAUGAAGGAAGAACAAAAUGCUAGUUCAUCUGCCAACUAUGAUGUGGAACUGCUUCACCCUGCAAUUGCUCAUGAAGAACUCAAGAAACAAACUGGAGGCCACGCAGAAGGCUUGAUCAUCCCUUCGAAGGAAGGUUUGCCCACAGAGACUGUAACACUUAAAUGGUGUACACCUAAAUCGAGUGUGGUUGGUGAGUUGUUAUUUUUCUUUCCUUCCAACAUCUUGCAACAAUUAUUUUUCUUUUCUUUAUGUGAUUUUUUUUUCUUUCUUUCAUUUUUCAAUUUCUUUCUUCUUUUUUCUCAUGUUUUCUUUUUCUUGUGUUUUUCCUCUUUCUCCUUCUCUUGUAUUCCUUUUCUUUCUACUUUCUCCUCACUGUUUUUAUUUCUUUUGUUUUCUUUCUUUUUCUUCAUGUCUCUUUCACUCUCUCUCACAAGGUUUUUGGAAAUAGUUAACUUUUCUCCUUUUCUUUAUCAUUUCUUAUUUUUCUUUUUCUUUCUUAUUCUGACUGUUUGUUUUUCUCUCUCUUUUCUCUUUAUAUAUUUCUUGAAGUUCAUUUCAAUCAGAUAUUUCCCUUCAUUAUCUUUCUCCCUCUUUCUUUCAAUCCUCCUUUCCACACUUUUUCUUCUUUUUCUACUUUCUGUCUACUUUGUUUGGCCUUCCCGCCAACAUUGCAAGCCUUCUUGCUACUAG